AUGAUCUCACAACAACAACAACAACAACAACAGAAGGGAAAGAAGAAGAAGUCCUCGAAGAAGAAGUCGUCUUCGUCCGAGACGGAGGAGGUCGAGCCGACGGAAGAAGACGUCGUCGAAGAAGAAGGUGAAGAAGCAAAAGAGGAGGAGGAAAAACCGGCGGCUGAAACCAAGAAGUCUUCCAAGAAGUCUUCCAAGAAGAAGUCUGAGGACGCGGAAGAAGAAACGCCCGUGGAGGAAGAGGGUUCGUCGGAGGAAGAGGAAACGAUGCCGGAGGAAGAGGAAGAGACUUUGACGGGAGAAGACGAUUUGCCGGCUGAUGAGGAUCCAACCAUGGAUGAAGAAGACACUUCUUCGGUGGAAAAGAAGUCCAAGAAACACUCUUCCAAGAAGAAGGCGACAGCGACUGAUGAAGAUGUCGUCGAUGUGGAAGACCCGGCGGCGGCUGUUGACGAAGAAGAGGAACAAUCCGUCGACGAGACCGCGGAGGAGGACGCGGAUGCCGCGGUGGACCCGGACGCCGACGUUGCCGUGGACGAAGUGACGCCGACGGACGACGACGAAGCCGCUGCCGUCGGUAAGAAGGAAAAGAAGUCCUCGAAGAAGUCAAAGAAAGAAGCAGAACCGGCGGCGGAAGUUGACCCGAUCAAGGACGCGCAAGAUAAGAUCGCCGCGGCGGAACAAGCCAAGGUUGACUUAAAAGCGACCGAGUUGGAAAUGAAGUCGAAAGAGGCUCAAAAGAAGGAAGCGUCCAAGGCGUACAACCACGCUUUGGAAGACGUGAAGAAGGCGGAAGCGGCGGAAGAAAAAGCCGCCGCGGCGCACAAAAAGGUUCUCGAAAACCCGAGACAUACUCAAGCGGCGGUCAAGGCGUUGAUGCAAGUCAUGUCCGAGACCAGAGCGGCGGCGGACCAAGCGAGAUCGACGUCUUUGGAGUUGUUGCAAAAGAGAGAUACCAUCGAGGCGGACUGGCACAACAGCUGGAACGAGCACGAGCGAUUGAUCGUGUACUCGGCGGCAUUGCAAGAGAUUGCGAAAAAUGCCAUGCGGGAUAACUUGGGCGAGUUUGUGCAAUCGAGUUACAGACGAUAA